GACUUCUUGUAUUAACUCCAAAGAUUCAUUCAUGUGACAGUCUAAAGCAGAGUCGGAAACCACUACCAUCCCCCACCUCUAAGGAGAGGAGACGAGAGGACAUCGAAGAGUCAUGAAAAAAACUCGACAAGGGUUCUCAGUCUCAAACGCCAUUGUUUGUCAAAACAACAAAAUCAUAAACGGCCAUUCAAGAAGGAGAAGUUUGUAUGAGCUGCGCUUCUCUUUGCUUUUCCUACUUUGUUAUCUUCUCUUCUUGUUCUGUGCUAGACUUAGCAUUGGUCUUGGAAAUCAAGGGAAUUUGACUCUUGAUGACAGUAGCAUACCUUGUUCCAGUGAUCUCAAAGAUACUCUUUGCGGUGAUACAUAUUCACGUGAUGCCAAUAGAAGCAAUAAUUGUACAAAUGGAAUUCUGCUAGGGGCCAAUUUAUCUAACAGCAAUAACAAUGCUACAGUUCAUACUGCCUCGAGAAAUCAGAGGUGCCCACUCCCAGAGACAAAUAGAUUAGAAGAAGUACUUUUGAGUACUUUAGGGUAUGGUUCUUCAGGGUUAAUAAUGAAGAAUCCAGAAGAACUGAAGGCAGUUAAACCAAAAGAACUACCUAGUGGAAGACUUCAGCAUUUGACUUAUCUCAACUUUGACGAGUUCCGGAACUUAACAAGACAAGAAAAAGGCAAAGUGCUGCCCAAGCAGCUUGCUAACAUCACCCACCGGCUUGAGCCUGAUGGAAAAGAGUACAACUAUGCCUCUGUGACUAAGGGUGCAAAGGUGCUUGUGUACAAUAAGGAGGCUAAAGGAGCAUGUAACAUACUGGGGAAGGAUCAUGAUAAGUACCUGAGAAACCCUUGUCUCACGAGAGAGAAGUUUGUUGUGAUUGAGCUUUCAGAGGAGACACUGGUUGAUGUCGUUAAAAUAGCAAAUUUCGAACAUUAUUCCUCCAAUUUCAAGGAUUUUGAACUGUCAGGAAGUUUGACCUAUCCAACUAGAACUUGGACACAGUUGGGAAAUUUUGUGGCUGCAAAUGUGAAGCACAUUCAAGAUUUUAAGCUGCCUGAACCCAAAUGGGUGAGGUAUUUGAAGUUGAAUUUACUAAGUCAUUAUGGGUCAGAAUUUUACUGCACGUUGAGUGUUGUUGAGGUAUAUGGAGUAGAUGCAAUUGAGCAGAUGCUUGAAGAUUUCUUUGUGCCAUCCGAAGAACCUCUUCCCAAUGAAUUGCCAGAGCCUAAUUCAACUGCAGCCCCACCUUCAAAGCCAGAAUCAAGUCUGGCUGACAAGGAAGAUAGUGGGAAAGUUCACAACGGGAGUGAAUCGAGUGAUAAUGCUGGCAUGGAGACAGAGAACAUACAUGGUAUUCAACAAUCCAGUCCCAGUGUGAAGAAGAAUCCUGAGAGUAUAAACGUGAUUGCUAAUCCUGUAACUGGAGUUAGACAGCUUUUAAUUAGCAGAAAACCAGGUGACACUGUUCUAAAGAUCUUGAUGCAGAAGCUGAAGUCGCUUGAACUAAGUUUAACUAUGCUCGAGGAGUAUAUCAAAGAAAUGAAUCAGAGAAAAGGAGAUAUUCUGCCAAAGCUUGAUCAAGAGCUAUUCAGGAUUUCAUUGCUUGUGGAGAAGAGCAGAAUAGAAAUUAGAGAUCUCAUGGAAUGGAAGGAGAACACGGAUAAAGUGCUCAUGGAGUUCGAAUCAUGGAAAGCUGGUGUUUCAUCUAGUAUGGAUGCAAUGAUUAGAGAAAAUACAAGGCUAAGAUUGGACGUUGAAAAGGUUGCAAACGAUCAAGCAAAUCUGGAAAGUAAAGAACUCGCAGUGCUAGCCAGGAGUAUUGUUUUUGUGUGCUUUUCAACUGCCAUGCUGGUUUCUGCAAAAGUUUCAAAAUUCUUAGCAGCCGCAUCAUAUUUGGGGAAGGCAUGCCGGACUAGAAGAGGUUGGAUAAUGAUACUAGUUAGCAGCACUAUCAUAAUAUUCGUUACACUACUCUCCAGCUAGUCCCUUCUUCGUAGCUUGAGAACCGGUAGGUAAGAGCUUCGAAUUUUUUUCCUGGAGCAUCAGAGUCAGCUAAUGUAAUGCUUCGGGGUUGUGAUAUCAACAGAACCAUAACAAUAUUCAUUAUCUUGCUGUGUACGUUGUCUUCACUUUUGUAGCUCUAGAAAAUCAGAUCCUUCGUUGAUAUUUGGCUUUUGCCUCUUCGUAACUAUAGCUUUUACAUCAAUGUAAAGCAUGCUGUUAUUAUCUUUA